AUGGACAGCACUGGGCCUGGACAGCACUGCCGGGGGCGCGUGGCCUGGACAGCACUGCCGGGGGCGCGUGGCCUGGACAGCACUGCCGGGGGCGCGUGGCCUGGACAGCACUGCCGGGGGCGCGUGGCCUGGACAGCACUGCCGGGGGCGCGUGGCCUGGACAGCACUGCCGGGGGCGCGUGGCUGGACAGCACUGCGGGGGCGCGUGGCCUGGACAGCACUGCCGGGGGCGCGUGGCCUGGACAGCACUGCCGGGGGCGCGUGGCCUGGACAGCACUGCCGGGGCGCGGCCUGGACAGCACUGCGGGGCGCGUGGCCUGGACAGCACUGCCGGGGGCGCGUGGCCUGGACAGCACUGCCGGGGGCGCGUGGCCUGGACAGCACUGCCGGGGGCGCGUGGCCUGGACAGCACUGCCGGGGGCGCGUGCCUGGACAGCACUGCCGGGGGCGCGUGGCUGGACAGCACUGCGGGGGCGCGUGGCCUGGACAGCACUGCGGGGCGCGUGGCCUGGACAGCACUGCCGGGGGCGCGUGGCCUGGACAGCACUGCGGGGCGCGUGCUGGACAGCACUGCCGGGGGCGCGUGGCCUGGACAGCACUGCCGGGGUGAUGAGCCUCCAGCAGCGAGUGAGUGAGCUGGAACAGGCCAAAGCUGACUUCCUACGCACAAAACAGCAGCUGGAGUUUGAGUUUAAUCAGAAAAGGGCGAAAUUCAAAGAGCUGUUCCUGGCCAAAGAAGAGGAGCUGCAGCGGCAGAAUGCGUCGCUACAGGAGUCGACAGCCGACGUGACCCGGCUCCAGGGGGAGCUGGCUGAGGCCCGGGCCGACAUGGAGAACAUCAAAGCCAUUGCCACCGUGUCCGAGACAACCAAACAGGAAGCUAUCGACGACGUGAAGAAGCAAUGGCAGGAGGAAGUAGCAUCACUACAAGCCGUAAUGAAAGAAACAGUUCGUGACUAUGAACAUCAGUUCCAUCACCGGCUGGAGCAGGAGAGGGCCCAGUGGGGACAGUACAAGGAGACAGUGGAGCGGGAAGUGGCUGAGCUGAGGCGACGGGUGUCGGAGGGACGGGAGGAGGACACCUUGGAAAAUGAAAUGAAGAAAGCCCAGGAAGAUGCUGAGAAGCUGCGCUCGGUGGUGAUGCCCAUGGAACAAGAGAUAGCGGCUCUCAAAGAUAAGCUUUCAACCACCGAGGAGAAGGUUAAAGAAUUGGAGGCUUCGAAGGUAAAGGAACUGAAUCAUUACCUGGAGACGGAGAAAUCCUGCCGGACUGACCUGGAGAUGUACGUGGCCGUCCUCAAUACCCAGAAGAGCGUGCUGCAGGAGGAUGCCGAGAAACUGCGAAAGGAGCUUCACGAAGUGUGUCACUUGUUGGAGCAGGAGAGGCAGCAGCACCACCAGCUGAAGCACACGUGGCAGCGAGCCAAUGACCAGUUCCUGGAGUCGCAGCGGCUGCUGAUGAGGGACAUGCAGCGCCUGGAGAACGUGCUGAGCACUGAGCAGCAGCGGCAGGUGGAGGAGCUCAAGAGGAGAGAGCAGGCAGAGGUGGAGAAGCGGAGAAUCGGCAAAACCAGGGAGAAGAAAGUGCCGCCUGAAGCCGAGGAGGAAGGCUCGACCGUGAGCUCGCAGUCGCACACUGAAUCUCCGGCUAAAUCUCUCAGCGUAUUGCCGAACGAGGAGAUGUGUGGGAACAGUGUGCACAGCUCAGCUCACUCCCUGGAUUCCGAUCUCUCGGCUCCCGCAGUGGCAGCUGCGACUAAGGCUGAUGCUGAGCUGUUCCGGGACGGGCUGCGGAGAGCUCAGUCCACUGACAGUCUAGGCACCUCCGGCUCAUUGCAGCCCAAGGGCCUGGUGUCUGGGCACAAGGCCAAAUCCGCGGGGAACCUGGACGAGUCGGACUUCGGGCCCCUGGUCGGAGCCGAUUCGGUGUCGGAGAACUUUGACUCGGUCUCGAUCGGCUCCUUCCAGCUGUCGGGCUCCUUUGUGCUGACCAAGGACCAGGAGAAAGCCAUCAAAGCCCUGACCCCCGAGCAGGAGGAGACCGCCUCACUCCUCUCCAGCCUGACCCAGGGCAUGGACAGUGCACACCUGGCUCCCAGCGGAUACCGCAUGGUCAGUGAGAAGGAGUGGGAUCUGUUACAGCAGGAGGUGCAGAACGCGGGGAACAAGCUGGGCCGUCGCUGUGACAUGUGCUCCAACUACGAGAAGCAGCUGCAGGGAACACAGACACAGGAGGCCGAGACCCGGGACCAGGUGAAGAAGCUGCAGGUGAUGCUGAGACAAGCUAACGAGCAGCUCGAGAGGACAAUGAAGGAGAAACAGAAUAUGGAGGAUUACGUCAAACACAGCUCCGAUGACACCAGUAUCCAGGUGACCGGGCUGAUACAGCGAGCGCAGGAAGCUGAUGCGUUACUGGCAGAAAUGCAGCAGUUGUUCUCACAUGCAAAAAGAAGAACCCAGGAGCAGAUGGCCGUGUUGACGCAGUCGAGGGAGCAGGUGUCGGAGGAGCUGUCACGGUUACAGAGGGAGAAUGAGAGCCUGCAGGGAAAGCACAGCCUCCACACCUCCAUCCUUCAGGCUGAAGCCUUCAUCCCGCCUGAUACCGUGGAGGAGCUGCAGCUGCUGGUCAGGAAGUACCGGGAGGACAUUGUUAGCGUGCGGACGGCGGCCGAUCACCUGGAGGAGAGGCUGAAGGCGGAGAUCCUGUUCCUGAAGGAGCAGAUCCAGGCAGAGCAGUGCCUGAAGGAGAACAUCGAGGAGACGCUGCAGCUGGAGAUCGAUAACUGCAAGGAGGAGAUCGAUCUCGUUGAAGCUUCCUUCUGCAGCUUAAAAAACGAGCUGGAGAGAGUGAGAGCCGACAAGGACCAGUUGGAAGCCUGGUUACCGGAGAGGAACCAGCAGCUCGAGCAUCUCGAAAGCAUCAAGAUCAACUUAGAGGAGCAGCUCCGCAAGGAAAGCGCUUUCAAGGGCGCCCUCGAGAGGCAGCUGUGUGAGGAGAAGAACAAGAGCCAGAGGCUGCAGACGGAGCUGGACGUCAGCGAGCAGGUGCAGAGGGAUUUUGUCAAACUCUCACAAACUUUACAGGUUCAGCUGGAGAGGAUCCGACAGGCAGAAUCGCUGGAAAAUAUCCACACCAUUCUGAACGACACGAAACUGACAGACAUAAACCAGCUGCCGGAGACAUGACCCCCGAGCCCAGGCUGCCAAUGGUUUUUACUCAUCCAGACACUUGUCUUUGUAGAAACAUGUUAAUUAUUAUUUAACUCUAAUGAGCGAGUGAGUGAGUGGGUUGACGUGAAGAGCGGUUACUGAGGUGUAAAUGUUUCUAGAAUGACUUUGCACAGGACGCCUGACUGCAGACAAAAGAGAUUAUUUCCCCCACUGGACAGGAACGGCCAGCCACAGGGAACACUACUGAAACGCCAUUAAUCUCAGCGAGCAACAGGACUCCAUCCCUAGUGUAACUCGUGUUUAAACUUAGCGAAAAAAAAUCAUUGAUACAAAAAUUCACAGGCGUGAGGUGCUGUGCCCCAGUGCCCCGUUCAUUUACUUUGUAUUGU